GCUCUUGCAAUAUAUCUCACGUUGUUCCUGUCAGCCUGUAGUUUACAUGGGCUAGGCUAGUAUGAUGUGAGCGCGCUGGUUUGUUGUUUAGUGAAUGACAAGACUAUGGACGCGCUGGAAUCGGUGUUGGAUGAAGUGGCUCUGGAAGGUUUGGAUGGGAUCACAGUCCCGGCGCUAUGGCUUCGGUUACAGGCUCGUGCCCCCCCUUUCCCUCUCAUACUGGAUGCCGCCACUAAGCAGCUUCUGUGGCAGUCCAUGUUGCGGAACCAGGAGCUGGACUUGUGUGAACUCCCUGAAGAGAGGCCGCCCCUAGUGAUGUGUAACAGGUAUGAGGAGCAUGAUUGUGAUCCAAGUGUACUUAAAGCCAAAGGUGAUUUUUGCUCUGACGACAUAUACCCAGUUCAUGCUAUAACAGAUCAUAAAAAUGGAAUCCAAGGCUCAUGCCGUUUUUUUAACAAACGAGUUUCGGUUGCAGAGCACCUGAGAAAACACUCAAUCACGUGUGAAGAUGCAAUUGCCAGAUGGGGAGAGAAACUUGUGAUUGUUGCUUCUCAGACCUUGCGGUCACGUGCUCUGUUUGGAUGGGAAGGUGAUCCUUCAAUAAAGUUACCAGAUUGUUCAUACUGUAUGCUCGAGAAGGUUGGAAGAUCACGAUGGCAAGGAGAAAUUCAGAGGGACCUGCAGGGAGACUUCAAAAUGGACGCUGGGAAAAUCCAUUAUAUUCGACGAGUCCUUGAUAGAAAAGAUGUCAUUACAAUGCAGUCACAUGUUAUCAAGCUAUCUAAUGGAGCUCAGCAGCAUUCUUUACUUCUCCUUCUGAAGCGCUUUCACGUUGACAGGAAGAAUAAGUAUGACACGCUUGCAGAGAUGGUUUCUUUAAGGUUAACUGAACGUGAGAAUCGCACAGAAACUUUGAUAAACCUUCGGGAAGAAAUGGGUUUGCCUGAACGACUCUUUAAACGACUGUAUUAUUAUAUGGUUACUGCAGGAAUUGUAAAAAUAAUUUCUUUACCAAUACAAGAGAUUCAGCCACUUGUUGAACAUUGUAAGACUAAAAGAGGUACUGACAUAAUGGUCCGAUGUAUUAAGCUAAUUAAAGAAUAUAAAAGAAAAAAAGAUGACGAGGAUGAUGAGGAUGAAGAAGAUUUGAAAUCGGCAUCAGUUCCUAUCGACAUAAUCUAUGAGAAGGACAUGUUAACACAAACCUAUGAGCUCAUUGAAAAUCAAGGCACAAAUGGAAUUUCACAAAGAGAGAUAAGAUUGGCAAUGAAUGUGGGGAAGCUGGAAGCCAGGAUGUUGUGUCGUUUAUUAGAAAGAUACAAGUUGAUUAAGGGCUUCAUGGAAGAUGAAGGACGUCAGCGAACUACCAAAUUUAUUUCUCAUGUAUUUGUGGAGGAAAGUGACUUACGCAAACAAUUUUUAGAGGAAAAAGCAAAAAGCGAACAGCUUUCAUUGAUUAAUUCAGCCCCACUACAAAAUGUAGAAGACGACAAUGCAAUGUAUACUGAAAACAACCCAGCUGCAGAUUUACAGAUUUCAGAGGAUGAGAAAGAUGAUUUGAGUGAGUACAUUGCUAGGACAAGCACUCCUCUGCCUUCAUCAAAGGGAAAAUUCAGUUUACAGCUCGCUGAACUGGACAAAACAUCAGUCACAUCCAAAAACAACUGCAGUAGGGACAGUCUCCAUUUAGAGUCCAACUUCUCUAUGAAGUCUGCAAAUGAGGAUAAUGAUGAAGUCUCUGUAAUUGAGGAGGUCUUGGCAUGCGAGAAAUUGAAGCAUGAUAAAACCUCUAAAACCAAAAAAGGUAAAGGGUCCUUGAAGUCAGGAACACUGGAAAAAUCUCGUGAAACGUAUCGUCUUUUGAAGAGGAGAAACGUAAUUGUGGAGACCGUUAAGAAUUUGCGCUUAGUGGAGAGCUUGUUCACUCUCCAAAAAAUGAUUGUAGAACAAGAAAGACUGGAGGGUGUAGCUACUAAAUGCUGCAAAAAAUCCAUUGUAAGAUUGGUACAUAAACUGUCUCAAGAGGGUCUAGUAAGGCUUUAUCGUACUGUGGUGGUGCAAGAUGGAAUUAGUAAAAAGGUGGAAUUUGUGGUUCAUCCAUCAAUUAAUCCAAAUGAUCCUUUAGUUAAAAGCACUAUUGAACAAAUUCGCUUUCGUAUGUCCAAUUCUACUUCAGGGAACCGAACACGCUUGCCUCAAAGCUCAUCAGCUCUUGGUAAGACUGAGCCUGAUGAACAACACAAAGAAAUUAAAGGAGAAAAACACAAGAACUCUCUCUUUCUGGGAGAUAGUUCUGAAGAUGUGCCUGAAGGCAAAGAUUCAAUGUAUGUGACACAGUUAAAGAAUUAUCAUCCAGUUAUAGUUCCCGGACUUGGCCGCACUCUUGGCUAUCUUCCAAAAAUGCCACGCUUGAAAGUAACUCACAUCUAUCUCUGGUAUAUUGUCUAUGGUCACCCCUUGCUUAACUUGCAACAGCAGAAAACACCAGACUGCAAGCCAUCUAAUAACAUGCAAGAUAAAAAGUCUGAGAAUGUAAUGCCGCCACUUUGCCACCUUACAGACGGCUGUGCUGAUGCAGACAAUGCUCCAGACCCUGGUGUUGAAAUCUGUAGUACAGCUGCUAAUAUAGAAGAAUGUACAUCAAACACUGGAAAAGAGGAAAAAGCACAUCCUGUAUAUGUUGAUGAAGAGUCUUGGAAAAGGUGCGUGCCUCCUGCUUCUCUUCAUUCUGAUUUUGGACCUGGUUGGGUGGUGGUUAGUGACAUCCUGCUCUGUUUGCCCCUUUCAGUCUUCAUCCAAAUAGUUCAAGUCAGCUACAAGGUUGACAACCUUGAGGAUUAUUUAAAUGAUCCAAUAAAAAAGCACACGUUGAUCAGACACCUACCAAGACCAAUGCGACAACAGCUGCUGUACAAAAGGCGAUAUGUCUUCUCAGUGUUUCAGGGGCUUCAGAAACUGAGUUGCAUGGGUUUAUUGCAGUUUGGUCCAACUGAAAAAUUUCAAGAAAAAGAUCAGAUAUUUGUCCAUGUGAAAAAAAGAGCAACAAUUAUUGAUACAACUGCCUGUGAUCCUCAUUACAAUUUAGCUCAUGCAAGUCUUCCUUUUGAAAAGCGCUCUUACCAUUUGGAAACCUUUCAAGAUGUGGAGAAUUUAUGGUUUGAUUUGCAAUUUGUUUGUCUGAAUACACCUUUGGGAGUUGUACGCAACCCUCGUGGAAAGAAAAUUAACACAUCGGAACAAGAUAAUCUGCCAGGACAAGAUAUGGAUGCAGAAUCUGAAGAAAGGCAGAAUCUGGAGAGAAAGUGCAACAUUCUCGACAGUGUUAUGGGAAGUAAAGAAGUGGUUGAUGAUGGAUUGAUUCCUGGAGAUGGACUGGGAGCUGGUGGGCUUGACUCUAGUUUCUAUAGCCAUUUAAAACGGAACUGGAUUUGGAUAAGCUACAUUAUUAAUAAUUACAGAAAGACUAAAUUUGCACAACAAGGCUUUACUCUAAGACUCCAGACCUUUCUGAACAAGCCUAUGCUACUGCUUGGCUCAACGGGAAAGCAGGAGCGCAUCUUUGGUGAUAUGAACAUGUCAGAAAGUGGAGAGCUGGUUGAAAUAGUAAAGGAAUCUACAGUGUGCCGCAAUAAAAGGGUUUGUGGAGGAAAAAACCGCAAGCGUAAAAAACUGAAACAACACAUAGUAAAAAAAACGAAAGCAAAGCAGAAAAAGAAGGAAAAGACAGAAGAAAAAAUAAAAAGAGGCCGGUACCAUGAUGAGGCUGAUCAGAGUGCAUUACAGAGAAUGACUCGUCUGCGAGUGGCGUGGACAGCACAAGAGGAUGGCUUGCUAAUGCUCUGUCGAAUCGCCAGUAAUAUUCUAAACAGAAAGGUGAAUGGACCAUUUGUGCCCUGGCAAGUGGUCAGAGAUAUUAUGCAUUCCAGCUUUGAAGAGUCAUUGGAUAAAACAUCACACUCUAUUGGAAGAAGAGCUCGUUACAUAAUGAAGAAUCCUCAGACAUAUCUUAAUUACAAGGUGUGUUUGGCAGAGGUUUAUCAAGAAAAAGGCCUUGUAGAUGACUUUAUGAAUCGGAAAGCUUAUUAUGAUGAUCUAAAGAUUUGCGCUGCAGAGUUCAAGGAAUUUGUAGAACGCCUGAGAGUGAAGUUCAGCACAAAGAUGGAUGAUCCAGCAUAUGCAAUUCCAGAAACUGUGGAUGAGCUCUUCAAUAGGUUUCGUGUUCUGGCAGUUGGAGAUGAGUCCAUCCAAGAGAAUGCAUUAGAAAGUCUUAACAGCGUUGAAGACAUCCAAGUACUGGUGCUGCAGAACCUUAUCUUGAGUACACUGGCACUUUCUGAUAUGCAGAUGAAAUCAUGUCGAUCUUUGCAAACAUAUCGUAUGUAUAGACAGUAUCAUGAUGACAUUCUUGUGAAGGCUUUCUUGGAAUUCCAAAAGAAAAGAUUGGUAAAUCGACGUCGAGUAAACCACCUGUUAGGGCCGAAGAAGAACCGUGCUCUACCAUUUUUGCCAAUGUCUUUUCAGCUAUCGCAGACUUACUACAGGCUUUUUAUCUGGCGAUUUCCAUCAACAAUAUGUACAGAAUCAUUUGAGUUUUUGGAAAAGCUGAGGACAUAUGGAAAAACUGAUGAACCUGAUAUGUUUUCAUUUGGGGAUCAGACUAAUGAAAAUUCUACAGACAUGUUGUUAUAUCCUCCGGAUGGGCAAGGUGGCCAGUGUGCAACCAUUCUCUCCCUCCUGAUGCUGGGAUUUAUGUCCGUGAAUGUGAAAAUUCCAGACCAAAUUGUAGUUGUUGACAGUACCCUGGUUGAUAAUGAAGUUAUAAAGAGCUUUGGAAGAGAUGGUCUUGAUGAUGAGGAUUUUGAUGACGAAGAAGUGGAUGAAAAUGUGUCACAUAAACGGAAAAUAGAAGUCAAAGCUCGUCAGGCAUCUCAUACCAACUAUCUGUUAAUGAGGGGUUACUGUGCUCCAGGGAUUGUCAGUACAAGGAAUUUAAACCCAAAUGAUAAUGUUGUUGUUAACUCUUGCCAAGUACAUGUGAAACUAAGGAAUGCGCCUCUGAGUGGACGGUUGAAAGAUUGGGGUUCCUUCAGUAAAUUUACUGUAGACAUGCCUUCCCUACCAUCUCUUUUUACUGAACUCUUCAACACUAAAGACCGGAGCGAUGAUACUUUUCUAAAUCAUUGCAUACAUACCCUUGGAUACAGCUCUAAAGAUGUGUCUUGUGUUUUGGAAAUUCAGUCAGCAGUUGAAGCUUUUUUACAUUUUGGCAUGAAAAUAUCGGAUUUCGGAAGAAGAUUUCUGAAAUAUGAAGAUGUAGAAAAUGAACGGACUAGAUCGCUACAGCAGUAUUUACAGGACCUUGUAGAACAAAGGCAACUACUGCAAGUUGGAGGAAGCUCUGUCAGACUGGUUGCAAGAACUCAUGCUAGUCCCUGGCUUUUGAAUGCAAAUUGUGUAAAAGAACCAACUUUUCAGGACAUAACACUUCCCAAUAAAGACACUGAUUGUCCUAAGUUUGAUCAAGAAGUCUCAGCAGACCAAACUGAAAAUGACUCCAACAUCUAUGAACCCCCAAGAAAGAAAGCUCACUUAGAACUCAAGAAUGCAGAGAGCCUAACUGAUGCAGAAAAUUCAGCAUUUCCCGUAGUUCAAAGCAAUGCUGGAAGCAUGCAGAUGCUUUCAACAACAUAUACAGUGGAAGCUAAAGAGAGGUCACAGGAAAACUGCUUUCUAGGAAGACCAUGGAGAAUUGUCGAUGGCAGUUUAAAUAAACCUGUAUGCAAGGGAAUGCUGGAAGCUGUUCUCUACCAAAUUAUGUCUAAGCCAGGCAUUACUGAAAAGGACUUAGUACACCAUUACAGUGGUGUAUUGCAGCCUGUCAUUGUUAUCGAGUUAUUACAGGUUCUGGAACAAAUUGGUUCUAUAAAGAAGUGUUACAUGGAAAAAAAAUUCAAAGCUACUCUGUGCUCCCAGUGUAAAAUUCCUCAAGUAUCCAAUACCUCCAGACUGUCUGAGAAUGUAAUAGUGUUUUAUGAACCUACUAUUGACUGCACCCUGAGACUUGGUGGAAUCUUUCCCUCUGAAGACAAUUGGAAUAAAUGGGUUUUAUAAAUAUAUGUCUAUAUUGGAUGUCUAUAUUAUGUCUACAAUUAAUUUAAUACAUUUACUUCUAAAAAUAUUUUUACCCUUAAUAUUGUGUUUUUGUGACUGUAUUUCUUUGAGUUCUUCCAUGUUUUAUAGUAAAGUGCUUUUUUGCAUGCU